GUGAGAGUAAUAUACUUACUUUGGGAGCAGGGGAGUACGACAUAUCAAUUUGGGAGGAGCCACCUCAAAUAGUGGGAAUGGAGUUACUGUGUGAUACACCAGCAAUUAGAAUGAAAUCUCCUGCGUCUUGGCUGUGCAUAAGAUGAUGGCUAAUUGAGCUUUGGCAUUUUUUGCUGUUUCCUUUGGGCCUUUUGGACUUUGGCCAUUUUUUUAACCAAAAGAAAUGCAAAAACAAAAUAACUAGCAGCUGAGGUAGAGGACUCUUUAGUCUUUUUCCCUCCCUUUUAUCCGAGGCAGGGUUUUAGGUUGGGGUUUUAAGCUGAACAAUUUGCAGAAGAAGAAUAAUGAAUCUGUUUCUGAAGAAAUGGAACCUGUUCAGCACCCGUUCUUGGGUGGUUCAGAGGGCUAUGCUGCACAACUCUCAAGCCCCAAGCGAUUCCCUUUUCCUUCGAAUAUCGAGAGCCGGACAACCCAACAUUUCCAUGAACUGUAUUCUGGAUCAAUGGGUCCAAGAGGGCGGACACGUCAGGCAUUUCGAGCUCCAGUUCUUCAUCAAGCAGCUUAGGUCUCAUCGCCGCUUCAACCAUGCCCUUCAGAAAAGUCUUAGAUUAAUAUUGUGGCACAUCCCAAAAGAGUCCUUAUCAGAGUCUCUCCUGAAAGCUCGACCGCACCUAAGUCACAUCAUGAAGGUAGUUCCUACAUCCUCGGAAGAUUUGGAUCACUUUAUGUUGACAACCCUUGAUCCAGCAUCAUCUCGCACCCUAAGAACUUGGAGUUCGCUCUUUAGCUUGUCAUCAACAAUGGACAAGAGUACCAAGUAUUAGAAUGGAUGGGCGAUGAAAGGAAACAUCAUUUGACAUCUGGAGACAUAGCUGUACGUCUUGACUUGAUAGCAAAAGUUCAUGGCUUAGGUCCAGCAGAUAAAUACUUUAAUUGCAUUUCAGAUUCUGUAAAAGAUUUCAAGGUCUAUAGUGCUCUUUUGAAUUGCUAUACACAACAUAACUCUGUGGAGAAAGCAGAGGCUACCAUGCAUAAACUAAAAUAGUAUGCUUGUAAGCAUACAAUAGAUUUGGUAUUGAGUUAUAAUGCUCUGUUAAAGCUCUAUGUUCGAGUAAGUGAAUAUGACAAAUUCGAUAGUUUGAUGAGAGAAAUGUUAUCCAAGGACAUGUACGACUCUGUGUCGCUUAAUACUCGGCUGAAUGCGUAUGCAGUCGUUAAAGACUUAGAUGGGCUGGAGAGCUUACUAUUGCGGAUGGAAGCUGAUCCUAAGGCAACUAUUGACUGGAUAACAUACUCUAUUGCAGCAAAGGCUUAUAUUCAGGCUGGCCAACAUGAGAAAGCAUAUGCAAUGCUGAGGAAAUCAGAGGACCUGAUUGAACCCAAGAGGAGGAGGGCUGCCUAUGGAUCUCUUCUAACUAUGUACGGCUCCAUGGGGAAAAAGGAAGAUGUUUAUCGUAUUUGGGAUAUGUGCAAAAGGUUAAACAGACCCUGCAACGCGAAUUACAUCUCUAUGCUGACCGCAUUAGCUAGGCUUAAUGAUGUUGAUGGAGCUGAGAGGAUUUUCGAGGAAUGGGAGUCUGGAAAUACAUGCUUCGACAUCAGGAUCCCGAAUGUGAUGAUGAGUGCAUAUUGUAAGAAUGGUCUGGUGGAAAAAGCUGAAGCAUUCAUUGAUAGGCUUUCAAAGAGUCGCAAUGAAUUAGGCGGUAGUAUAUGGGAUCGAUUGGCACAUGGCUAUUACAGGAACAAUGAUAUGGAUAAUGCUAUUCAAACAAUGAAGAAAGCGAUUUUGGGAGGUCAACCUGGAUCAACAUGGAAGCCGUAUCGAUUUACUUUGGCUACAUGUAUUGAUUACCUUAAGGACAAGGGAGAUUUGGAGGGGGCAUCAGAAAUUCUUAGGCUAUGUCUUGAACGAGGUUAUUUUUCUACUGCAAUACAUGAUAGAUUAUCAAGCUAUGUGCAUGGAAAAACACCAGAAACAAAGGCGAUAAAUCUGAUGGAAGAAUAUUAUCAUCCAAAUAAUGAACUUUUUCCAGAUGGAGAGAAGCAACAUGAAAUUCAACUCCAUGAAUAGUUAUUUGAAAAUUGGUCAAGCGUAUAUCUAUUCUUGCUUGGGUGGUGUUUGUGAUUCUUUUUUUCCAAAAAAGAACGUUUAAAUUUACGGGAAACAUGCCAAAGCAAUUCAGCCUGCCAAAUAAUUAGAAGGCUAAUGGUUAAACUGGUCCUGAAAGCUUCCUCGACUCGAUUUGAUCCUUUUGUUGACAUGUAACUGAUAACUAUUGAUGUGUGAGAUGAAGUUUGUGGCGAAUGCUUACAAAAAGUAGUACAGUUCGAACUCUAAAAUGGUAAAACCUAAAUUCUAAACUUUAAAAU